AUGUUGUCGUCGAUGAGCGCUUUGCCUGAAGGGUCUCUGGUUCUUCUCACCGGAGCGACCAGUUUUCUCUCCACACACAUCAUCCAGCAGUUACUGCGCCGAGGCUACCGAGUGCGUGGCACGGUGCGAGAUCGUGCAAGGGCGGGAUGGCUGGUUGACGAUCUGUUCAAGAACGAGACUUCCAGUGGAGCAUUCGAACUGGCGGUCGUGGAAGACAUGGCGGUAGCCCACGCCUUCGACGAAGCGGCACGUGGUGUCACUGGCAUCGUCCACGUGGCCACCGACGUGAGUUGGUCGGGCGAUCCGAAUGUUGUCAUCCCACCUUCUCUCGCGGGGAUGAAGAAUGUGCUGGAGGCUGCGGCCAAGGAAGGCUCGGUCAAGAGAUUCGUGUAUACAUCCUCGGUCGCUGCGGCUGCGAUGCCGAUACCCAACACUAAAUGGCACAUGGACAAGACUAGCUGGAACGACUUGGCCGUUCAAAUCGCUUGGGCGCCGCCUCCCUAUGACGGGCGCGGACCGCUCGUAUAUUCGGCCGCGAAGACAGAAUCGGAGAAAUCGCUCUGGAAAUUCGUUGGAGACGAGAACCCGCGAUUUGCAGUGAACACUGUCCUUGCAUUCCUAUUCGUUGGUCCGUUAUUGCACGAGAAGCAGAAUCCUUCAACGGCGAGCAUGAUCUGGGGGAUCGAUAGUGGAAAUACAGCCUUCCACUUGGAUGUACAAAGCAGUGAGUUCACAUCAUUUCGGGAAAGGGAAACCAUUCUGUGUUCGCUGACGAAAUCUAAUUUCGCUGACCUAGUGGCAUACAUCGACAUCGCCGACGUUGCAAACCUACACGUGGCGGCGCUUCUCGACCCCACCGUCAACAACGAGAGGAUUCAGGCAUGGGAUGAGACUAAUACUUGGGACAAAUUUGUUUCGGCUUUCCAGAAGAUUCGUCCCGAGAAGUCCUUUUCUGGUCUCCCGGAAGGAGUAACGAUGCUGGGCACAGUGGACAAUAAGCUCGGGAAAGAUCUCCUCAAGAAGUGGACUGGGCAGGACGACUGGAUCAGUGUGGAGGAGAGUAUCAAGCGCACUCUGGAUGGGAAGAAGCCUGCACAGCUGACACUUGGCUAUUCAUACUAG